AUGAAAAAAGAUGGGAAAGUUGUGAUGCCAACUGUAAAAUUCAAUGAGAAAGAUAAACCUGUGCCAACAUAUUGCAGAAAAACAUAUGAGAUGACCAGUGAGAUUUUGAAGGAAAUGAGAGGACAAAUAAAGAGGUAUAGAGAGAUUGGAGGGAAAAAGAAGAGUUUUGAAGGGGGAAAGACUUGGUGGGCAAAUCAAACUUCGCCAUUGCCAAGCAAGCUAUAUGAUGGCAAUGAAAGUAUAACAGCUUCGCCAAGAAUAUGCCGCUUAGAGAUAGAAAAGCCAAAAAAUGCAAGGAUUGUGGGAUUUGAGGAGAAAAUGAUACAGAUGAAAUCAGAAUGGACUGAGACUGCUGAUUUGGAUAAGCCAAAAAUUGUUGCGUUGAGACCUAAGACACCAAGUUUACAUCAAAAAAGAAAGGGUAGAAUUAAAAAACAAAGGUCUCUUUCAAGCACUCCUAAUCAGAAGAAAAAGGAAACAGCUCAUUUGAUAUAUCAUAAGCAUAGACUAAUAAAAAGAAGACUUUCUUCAGACAUCACUCAAGAAGGAAUUUUUGAUAUAUCAGAAAUUUUGAAUAUAACAAAUGGGAAAAUUAAAUAG